UCAAUAUUUCUUUCAGAUAGGAAAAAAAGUUGGAACUCGUUUCUAGGGUUUCAUUCAUCAAAGCAAAAGCGCAAUCAUGCCGAAGAAUAAGGGAAAGGGAGGAAAGAACAGGAAGAGAGGAAAGAAUGAAGCAGAUGAUGAAAAGAGAGAGCUUGUUUUCAAGGAAGAUGGGCAAGAAUAUGCACAGGUUAUGCGUAUGCUUGGUAAUGGACGUUGUGAAGCUACGUGUAUUGAUGGUACUAAACGUCUUUGUCACAUACGUGGUAAGAUGCAUAAGAAAGUUUGGAUCGCUGCUGGUGAUAUCGUUCUUGUCGGUCUCCGUGAUUAUCAGGAUGACAAGGCUGAUGUAAUUCUGAAGUAUAUGCCAGAUGAGGCAAGGUUGUUGAAGGCAUAUGGAGAGUUGCCAGAGAACACUAGGCUCAAUGAGGGUAUUGCUAAUGGAUUGGAUGAAGAAGAUGAGAAUGCUGCUGAUGAUUACAUUGAGUUUGAAGACGAGGACAUUGACAAGAUCUAAAACUCCUGUGAUAUAAAUAGUGCUGUUGCUGGGGUUUCUGUUGCUCACAAAUAUUUCUCUGAAGUUUGAGUUUAAUACAAAGAGAGAGAGAGAACUUAUAUGUACCUUCUGAAGUAAUAUGAUUGAACUUUGUGCACUAGUAUUUCUGUAUGAAGAUUUAUGCUUUGAUGAAA